UGCCUUAAAUUCUUCUUGAAAAAAAAAAAAAAAAAAACCAAAAUUUUACUUCAUCUCCCCCCUUCUCUCUCUCUCUCUCUCUAACUCUCCCUCUCUCUGCAUAUAUAUAUUUAUUAUACAUACAUAUGUACUUGUAUUUGUAUGUAUAUUUUUAACUGUGAUUUAAGUUUGUAGCAAGCUCAAUUUCAAGAUUUAGCGGUGAAUUUGGUUGUUUAAAGUUACUGAGUGAAGUUAGGGUUUGAGGUUCUUUCAUUUCUUGAUUUGACUUGUUUGUACUCAAAUUCAGUAGGUUUGGAGUUCUUGAUCUGGGGAAUUGUAAUUAGGGCUAUAAAGCUUUGAUUUUGGGGUGUUUUAAGUUGUAAAGUUUUGAUUUUUAUGAUUUGGGUGUUCUUAAUAUGUGUUGUUUAAGUUCAUAUGGGGGUCCUGAUUGAAUAAAGUUAGGUUCUUGAUAGAUAUGGAGUGAUUUAAUUGGUGAAGUGUGGUUUUGUUUGGUUAAGGAUUGGUAAAAAUUAGGGCUUUUUAGGUGAAAAGAUCUGGGGAUUUAGUUUGUAGAGUGAAGAUAGUUGAAAAUGUUUUAUUCCCAGUUUAUAUUGGCCAAAAAGGGUCCUUUAGGGACCAUAUGGAUUGCUGCACAUUUGGAGCGGAAACUUCGAAAGAAUCAGGUGGCUGAUACAGAUAUUGGUGUAUCUGUAGACUCAAUACUUGCACCUGAUGUACCUAUUGCCCUCCGUCUGUCGAGCCAUCUUCUGGUUGGUGUGGUGAGGAUUUAUUCUAGGAAGGUGAAUUAUUUGUUCGAUGAUUGCAGUGAAGCAUUGCUAAAGAUUAAACAAGCAUUCAGAUCGACUGCAGUGGAUUUGCCACCUGAGGAAUCAACUGCACCAUACCAUUCUAUUACUUUGCCAGAGACAUUUGAUCUUGAUGACUUUGAGUUGCCUGAUAAUGAUAUACUAGAAGGUAAUUAUGUUGACCAUCACAUUAGUUCGAAGGAGCAAAUUACACUUCAAGACACCAUGGACGGUGUUUUAAACUCUACAUCACAAUUUGGUUUAGAUGAAAGAUUUGGUGAUGGUGACACUUCUGUACUGGACCCUGAAGAGGAAUUGUUUCUGAGCAAAGUUGCUGCGGCCGGACAUGACGAUUUCAUGUUCAAUUCCGGUGAUCCUCAGUCAUCUGUGCAACCAAUGGCAUCUUUCAAUCAUGCGGAAACUACUGAGACGACUGAUAACUCCGCAAUCAUGAUAACUUCUGCCAACAAGCAUAGUGAAGAAAUUAAUGAUGAUACUAAUCACCUGGAGUAUGAUCAGGCUCCACGCACUCCUGGAUUGCUGGAAGAGCCAAAUUUGUCCAACAUUCAAGACACUUCUGCAUGUGAUGAUCAUCUGGAAUUCGAACAUCAAAAUUUAACAGAAUUUGCUGUGAAGGAGAACAUGGAGAAUGCUUCUAGUAAUUCUGCUCUAUAUCUUGGGGAUAGGAAUGAAGUGAAUGGUGCAUUGUGCACUGGAUUAACUCCUGUUCCAGGUCAUCCCACUUCUGAUAAGGAUAAUAGCUUUCUCGCCAAUGACCUAGAAUCCAGUCAAAAGACCCCACAGGAAGAGUUUUCAACUGUCGAAUCAUCACUUCUAGGCAAAUCUGAUUCAAUAUCUUUAAUUGCUCCUGCUUCAGCCAAUCCUGUUGAAGACAUGGUUAUGAAUAAAAUUUGUGCAGCUCCUGCUAUUUUGAAUGGGGCUGAAGAUAUCCAGAAUGGAAUUAUUAGCAACAAUAAACCUGAGAUUAGCUUUAAUGCUAAAACAUCUGAAGAUUGUUUAGAGGUUCAAGGAGUUGGGUUGGGCAAAACUAAUACCGGUACAUAUGAUUUGAAUAAUACCUGCCAGCAGGUCUCUGAAGUUUUUCUGAAAAAUCAUGGAACAUCUAAUCAGACAGAGUUCUCCAAUGAUGUGGAAAUAUCAGAAGAUCUUGUGCAAUCAUCCCCCCCUAGCAAUACAGGUAAAUUAAAUGCAGAAUUUGUUGCUACAUCUGAGCAUGAGAAAUCUUUAACUCAGGGUACGAUUGAUAAAUCAAAAGAGAUGCUGGAACUAGGCAACUCUGUUCAUGAAAAUGUGGCGGGUACCGAGGAUUCAAUCCAAAUCAAGUCAUCUGCUGCUCCCAACCUACUGGAAAGAGAAGAUGGUUCCCUGUCUGCUAAAUUAUCUACCAUAACACAAGGUGAAGAAUUUCAUGAAGAUAAUGGUUCAAACCAAGCCACGCAGUUGGUUUCAUGUAGCAAUUUAAAUGGUCAAGGGGAGAAUGUGAAUGCAUUAGACAGUCAGUUAGAAACCAUGACUGGUUCUGUAUGUACUGAGUUCCCUGCUCCUGAAAAGUUACUGUCUGUACCAGAGAUGGAUGCACAUAACAGCUUGACAAUGGGGGCUACUCCAGGCCAAUUAUUUGCCCAAACUGAGGGGGGUAUUGACACCAAUGCAACUGUUACAGGGAAGAAGCGAAGUUUUGCUGAAAGUUCAUUAACAAUGCAGAGCCUGAAUUCAGUUGAUUCUUCAACCAUGGUACUUCGUAGAACAACUCCAGAGUCUGUGCCGCACGAUGAUGAUCUGUUGUCUUCCAUCUUAGUUGGAAGAAAAUCGUUAGCUUUAAAAGUAAAGGAAACUCCACAGCAGAGCCUUCCAUAUCUAAAGCGCCACAAACCAGCCCCUCGGGCUACGGCUUCUAAAAGAAAGGUGCUGAUGGACGAGCAGAUGGUUUUACAUGGCGACAUGAUACGACAACAAUUAACAGAUACCGAAGAUAUACGCCGAUUACGAAAGAAAGCACCUUGCACUAGGCCUGAAAUAUCCAUGAUUCAAAAACAGUCCUUGGAGGAUGAAAUGUUUAGUGAACCAAUCUUCACGGGUGUGUCGCUAGAGUUAACCUCACUGCACAAUCAAGCAUAUGAUCUCAGUGAAACCACAAUCUCCUUGGAUGAUGUGAAUAUAGAUCAUGCUUUAUCGAAAGACAAAGCAGGCACUUUCUUCGAAGCAACCAAGGGUAUGGAUCUCUACGAAGAGUUUGAUUCCAGAGUAGCUGAAAUAGGUGGGGGCAGCAACAGUUUGGAUGGUAGAGUCAACUAUGAAGCUCAACCUGCUAAAGCUCCUGUGCUGGUGGACUAUGAAGCUCAACCUGCUGAAGCUCCUGUGCUGGUGGACUAUGAAGCUCAACCUGCUGAAGCUCCUGUGCUGGUGGAGAGUCAGCAGGGUGAUGGGCAAUCUAUGAGCCUGGAUCCAGCUUCUGAUGUAGCAGAGGCCAAAAAUUCACAAGAUUUGCAUCCAGAGACAAUUGAAAUGGAUGUAGAUGCAGUAAAUACUGAUGUUACUGCUGUAGUUUAUUCAUCAUCCACAGUUGAUGUUACGAGAAAUGGUACAGGUGACCAAACAGCUGGUGUUCUCCAAUUGGAUGCUGGCAUUACCAAUGAGGUGGAAGUUACACCCCAGAUUGAGGCACCAGUUCAGACGACAGAUGAACAGCCGAAUGUGCUCCCUGUUGAGAUUGAUGCAAAUGCAGCUGACAAGAAGGAGCAUAAUGUUGAUAUUGAUGUACAUGAUGUUGACGUGACAGAGGAUAUUCCAUCGAGGCAUACGGAAAUUUGUGAUUCAGUUCAAGUUGAAACAGAAGUUUGUACAGAAGGUGUUGCACACACUGAAAGUGUCUAUCCAACUACCAUGUCUGUAGAUAUGGUUGCAUGCGGCACCUAUAAUUUAAGUGAUGAGCAUGCUGUGGAUGAAGCAAGGCAAAAUGAACAAGCACUGUUGGAAGAAGAUAUGUUCUUAUAUGCAGCAGCUGAGUACAAUGUCAAUAACUUGGAAACAGGGGGUGUCUUUGGUAUGGAAGAGGUUACAAAUUCUUUAGAUCCAGUAAUGGUUGAUGGGGAUCUCAGAAACUCUAUGCAUGAGGAGAACACAAAGGAAUUCAAUAUUGGUGAAGUUGAUUACAAUGAUCUUAAUUAUUCAGCAGCUGGGAAUGAUACAGAGUUUCUUAAUUAUGACGAGGACGAAGUAGCUGAAGCAGAUGAGGAAGAUGUGCCUAAUACUGAAGAAACACGCUUUAUUGACAACAGUGGAUGGUCAUCCCGUACUAGAGCUGUUGCCAAGUACCUCCAGAUCAUGUUUGACAAAGAAGCAGAGCGCAAUCGGAAUGUUCUUCCUAUUGACAACUUACUGGUAGGUAAAAGUCGCAAGGAGGCAUCAAGAAUGUUUUUCGAAACACUGGUUUUGAAGACAAAGGAUUACAUCCAUGUAGAACAGGCGGCUCCUUUUAACAACAUUAAUAUUUUACCCCGGUCAAAGCUCACUAAAAUAGACUUUUGAUUUACAUGGCAAGUCGUCCUCAGUUGCACAGAAGCAGCAUUUCUCAAUAUUGGCUGGAAAUGAGGGGUAGUUUAGAUCCAUUCUUUGUCUAACUAUAAGCAGUAUACUUCUGUAUGUUCGUAGUUUGUGGUAGUUAAUCGGACACCAUGCAGCGCUAUGUGUAGCUAUAGCAUAUGUAGAUGCAAUGGUGAAAUGUGAUGUGUAUUUGUAAAGUUGUUAUAUUAGUUCCUGUAGCUAAAUAGUUCUGUUACCAUUACAGGAAUCUUGUUAUAUAUAUCCAUGUUAUAGUUUGAACAUUAACAGAA